AUGACAAUUGAUCAGAAUGUUCAAAGAGAAGUAAUCAAGGACGCUGUGGAAAAACCUUCAGAAGAAGGCAAUUUGGUUCGUGAUUUUUCUGAAGAGUAUGCUUUGCCCUUGAUCGACGUUACCCAAUCUGAACUGAAAAUUAUUUCUAAGGAGACAAUGAAGGACCUUUUGGAUGGGAAAUUCAAGGAUUGGAUUCAAUCAUAUUUUUAUAUGUAA